AUGAAACGGUACCGGAAGUUACAAGAAGACUACAAGGAAGCUGUCUCCACAGUCCAGGAACAGAAACUGCUCACCACCCAGCUGGAGGAGGAUCUGCGCAGUCUCAAUGCCGUGUCAUCCAUGUUCCGGGGGGAGGCCGAAGGGGAGACAGUUACCGGAAGUCAGGGCGAAGCAGGUGCUGUAGCAGAAGUAUUCAAAGAUGUCAUUCCAUCAGUUGCCACUCCCGGGGAUAAGUCUGCAGUUGAUUCCAUCUUGCCCAUCGUACAGAGUCAACGUGAACGAUAUCGACUGCGCGCGCAGGAACUGGAAGCUCACUCGCUCGGACAACAACAACAGAUCAUGCUCCUACAGAACGAGAUAGACAAGCUCCGCUCUGACAAUGUCAAGCUCUACGAAAAAAUACGCUUCCUCCAAAGCUACCCAAGCAAGGGAGGACAUGCUUCCACCGAGGACGCGGAGAGUCGAUACUCGAUGCAGUAUGAGGAACGUCUGGACCCAUUCUCCACUUUCAGCCGGAAGGAAAAACAGCGGAAGUACAUGAAUCUCAAACCAUAUGACAAAAUCACCCUAAGUAUGGGACGCUUCAUCAUGGGGAAUAAAGUUGCUCGGACCAUUACUUUCUUCUACACCCUUCUACUUCACAGCCUUGUGUUCUUGGUACUGUACAAGUUGGCCCACACGGAGUCUUGCAAGCGAGACUAUGCGGCGGACUGCCACGCAAAGUAA